AUGUUAGAAAAAAUAUAUACCCAUAUAUUGACAUCUUAAGCCAUUCAAUUAAAUAAGAUCAGCUAUUUCCUGAUCCUUUGCCAAAUAUUGGCUUAUGCACAAUCAAAGCCAAUUUAUGAAGAUCUAAUUAGUGAUUUUAAGGAUACAUGGAUUGCAUAUUUGAAUCCAAAUUGUGGUAAUCGUUACUUCAAGGCAGAUUGUAAUGCAUACAAAGUCUUGUUGAUAAAUGAAUGUUCGACAUAUGAAUAUCAUCAUUUGAUUUUCAGAACUUUAGAGCUUUAACCACACUACGAAUUAACUUUAAAAUUAACAUUUUUAAUGGAAAUGCAUUCUGUUUAUCCUGAAUUUAUUGUUUAUAUCGAUGGUAGAAUUGAGCAUCAAAAAAUUUAUGACAAUUGGGGAUACUCAAAUAUUUCUUGCAACACACAAAGCCAAAAUUAUGCGCUUUUCCCUAUUUCUAUAACAAUUUAGCAUUCAAGUUCAUCUGUUAUAAUAGCAAUGAUUGCUUAAAAAGGAAAUUGGGGCAUAACAUAAUUUUAAAUAUCAAUUCAAGAAUGUUCUAUAGCAUGUGAUUCAUGUAAUAGUAAUGGAUGUUUGAAUUAAGAAAUGUUAUUGUAAUCAUUUAAUUCAUAACACUUUAAUGUUAUUAGCACUGAAGAAGGAUGGUAAUCUCAAGGAAUUGCAGUUACUUAGAUUUAAGAAUGCUUUGGAAUUAAUUUUUAUGCUACUAGUGGUGAUCAUUUGGUCAAGGUUUUUGACUUAGAUUAACAUUAUGCAAUAAGCUUUUAACUAAAAUUGUUAAUUUUUAAAUUCAAACUCAACAUAAAUAUAUAUCUAUAUUGA